AUGGUCUGCCGUCCGGGCUUCCUCUGUCGCCGGCGACGUGGCCCGCGGCCCUUCGUGGUGGGCUUGGCGGUGGCCCUCUGCCUCUUCUACCAGAGCCUGACGCUCCGGGGCACCAGGAGGCUCGCAGCCCUCGCGCCCGGGGCUGCCCCCGGCUCACCCCCCGACCCCAAGGCCAGCGGAUGCCAGAGGAGAUGGGCUGGGGACGAAGGGUGCUUCUUCCUCUCUGGCGAUGCCCGGGAAAUCAGAACGAUGGGAGAAUCCGUGGAGACCCACUUUGGCAGCCACGGCAGAAGGGCCAUACUCUACCGGCCUCCCUCCUCCAGCACAACGGAGCUCCUGCUGCACCAGCACAUCCUUGCUCACCUUGGUUACACCGUGGUCGUCACCGAAGAGAAGCCCGGGCCUGACCUUGGGCUGGAGCUACUAGGAAAAGGUGACUUGGGCUCUUGGGACCUGCUCAUUUGCCUGUCUUCUAGGAAAGCUGGUGGAAAUCCCUGCAUAUCCAAGGAAGAUGUGUGCCACUUAAGUUUACAUCAAAAGGUAAACAUAUUACCAGAAAUACAGCAUCAGCUUUGCAGAAAGGAAGGCUUAUGUGAAAUAAUUCAAAGAUUUCCAGAACUGCAACUUCCGGUGAGUCCCUCUGUGUGUUUGGAUCAAAGCACACAAUUCAAGCUGAGUUCUUGGAGUCACCUUUCAAAAGCCGUGAAGCCGCAUGUGUGGAAACCAUGGGCCUGGAGACGUGAACAACUGGAUCAAACAACAGUCCUUGCUCCACAUGAGACCAUCUUUAGAGCCGAAGAUCUAUCUGUGAUUCUUAAAGCAUACGUGUUGGUGACAUCCUUAACCCCUUUGCGUGCAUUCAUUCAUUCGACUGGCAUGGUUUGGAAUCCACCUAAGAGAAAACGCUUCACUGUCAAGCUGCAGACCUUUUUUGAGACAUUCCUGAGGGCCAGUUCGCCUCUCCAGGCUUUGGACAACAUGAAGGAAGCCAUCAGCAAACUCCUGCUGGCCGCCGAAGCUUUCAGCGAAACGUCUCCUCUGGGAUGGAAGACCUCCCACAGAUGCAGUUUAUGUUUUCAACUUUUAACCUUUGACAUCGGUUAUGGCAGGUUUACUUCCCCUGUGGUGCUCCAGGUGCAUGGCCAUUUACAUUUUCAAGAUGACAAUCAUAUGGAUUUUGAGGACCAAAAGGCAGAAGAAUUUAUUUUAAAAGAUGCUUUCAAUUUUCUCUUCUCGAAUGAAUCUUCACUUUCCAUAUUCUCUGAGAUAUUUCAGAGACUCUACAGAUCAGCUGUAGCCAAGGGUGAAAACUACAAAAAGGAACUGAAUCGAUGCCUAUCUUUAGAAGAGAUUAAUUCAAUGAUGACUUUCAUAAAAGAACUUGGGAGCUUGGGGCAAUUCCAACUGCUCUUUCCAUCAACUUCUCCCGGUAUUCAGUCUUGGAUGCGUGAAUUUUAUGUCACUGCAAAUCCUAUCGGAAAAGCUCGUUCCGUCCUGACCCAACACUCCUCUCUUUUAAAUGUUUUUGAGCAAUUUCAGCUCCUGGAUAAAAAGGCACAAUCACAUCCAUUGGAAUGGCAUUCCUUCGCGAAGGAUGAGAACAUUGAAAAACCACAAAUGCCACUUGGUGCAACUGAACAUAAAAAAGUUGUGGUUCAACAAAUUAUGAAUGCAACCAUAGAAGUGCACUGCAGCAAUGAUGAAGACAUACAAUGUCAUAUCAAGCAGAUCUUCACACAGCCACAUUUGGAGCUAAGUCCUGAAUUUAACCCGAAGAUCAAAGAUUAUUACUCUGAAGUCCCUUUUGAUGUGGUGACAGUGACAAUUGGAGUGGAGACGUCUAACUGUCAGUGCAAGGUGUACCUGCACGAACGGGCAGGGCCCAGCUUUGCCAACUACCCUCUGGGCUUAGGGACAAACAGAAUCUCAAUGCUUGUGGUGGAUGAGUCUCCAGCCCAGGGGGAGACCCUGAUCAUGUACAAACUCACCAUCCAUCGAGAAGACCGUCCAACUCUGCCCUUGUUUGAGGACUUCACGGCAUGUGGUUUUGUGCAGGAUUGUGGUUUGCUGAUUCAUCCGGAGGAAGCCUGUGGGUUACAACCUAUUUCUUCUGACUACAUUGAAGUCCUUUCACAGCCCGAACUAAAAACGUGUCCAUCUGGGGACACAAAAGGCCAAUGGAUCAUGCCUUGCCUUAGUUGUUCAGACAACAGGACCUGUGACUGGAGAGAAAUAACAUGGCAGCCCCACAACUGCCAGUACGGUGUCCUCACUAAGCCUCAGCUGCAGCAGUGCCUGGGAGCAAGGAAGAUUCUUUUCAUCGGUGAUUCAACCAACAGAGGGAUGAUGUACUAUCUGAUUGAAAGACUGAAUGAAACCUUGCAGGAAUGGCAGAAGGUGCAUGGCACUAAGUUCUACCACAAUGUCAAUGGUGGGAAGACUUUGAUCAGUUAUUCCUACUAUCCUCAGUUCUGGAUAAGCCCUUCAUUGAGACCAACGUUUGAAAAGGCCCUUGAGCGUCUCUUGCAAAGAUCACGUCCUCUGGAGAAUUCGGGCCAGACUGUAUUGGUGGUUGGUGGCGUUCAGUGGCUUAAUUCCAAUCAUCUGCAAAUUAUUCACAAGGUUCUGAAGAGGGAAAAUUUACUCAAUAUCCUUGUGAUCAUCAAAACGUUGGGAAUCGGAUUUCAUCUGCCAGUGGAUGGAGUGCAUUUCUUAACACAAAGGGAACUUCAGAACUUAUGGAAAGAAAACGUGAUUAUUCUGGACACUGCAAAAAAAUAUGGCUACGAAGUGGUUGACACCUUCACAAUAACCAUGGGCCGCUACAAAGAGUUUCUGCAGGGAGCCUGUGGGUGCCAUUUUCAUGAGGUAGUGAAGUCCAAGUUAUCCAAAGAAAAUCACUUGAUAAAAAUAAAACAAUCAAGAAAUCACACUGUAGGGAGAUAUUUCAGCAACCAGAGUAAACUUCAGCAGCAAUGGGACUCGCCGGGCAAUGUUCAGUCGCCGUAUCACGUCCGGGGCCCGAUUAACCAGGUUUGCUCCGAAAUCCUUCUCAGCAGGAUGUGUGCGCCCGCGGGAGCUGCCUGA